AUGUCGUCCAUUGCAGACCUCUCAGAGGCAGCGAGUCUUACGAGAAGCGGCAGUUUCUCGGAUGAUUCCGAUCUCAACAUGACUCCGCCGUCGCUGGCAUCGUCUCCUUCCUCGAUUCUCAGUGUGUCACGUCAGAGGACGUCGCCCAUUUGGCGUUACUGUCGGGUAGAGGAUGGAAAGCUACUGCCAGCAGCCUGGAUAGAUUCUAAAGGGACGAAAUGGUGGCAUUGCCAGCCCUGCUUCGAAAGGAAACGUGACAAAAGAUACAAUUAUUCUGGUGGGUCAUCAACUAUUGUUCACCAUUUGCGUAGGGAGCACAACAUCGUCAUACCUGGAAAAGAGGAAGUCAGGAGGGGAAGGACACGGAAUCGCCUGGGAGACAUCACUACCUUCCUUGCGCAAGAAACUAUGCACUCAAGCAAAACACGUAAGGCUACACAAGAGGCAGAUGCACUUGAUCAGGCGACUACACGCGAGCUGUAUUGUCGUUACACCAUCGCCUGCAGCCUUCCCUUUUCUCACAUCGAGCAGCCUGCCUUCCGCGACUUCAUACGGUAUAUCUGUCCUGCUGCAGAUGACAUCCUUCCCAUGUCUGGCACUACAGUCAAAAACGACCUGCAGAAGGCGUACGAGGAGAAGAAGGAGGUCGUAAAGAGAGCACUGCAGAAUGCCCUCUCAUCUAUUCACAUUGUGCCCGACGAUUGGACGUCGCCGAAUUGUCUGGGCGUAAUCGGAUUCACAGUUCAAUUCGUUACCGAGGAUCAUGGCCUGCAGUCCUUGGUGGUAAGGAUCAAAGAACUGGACGGACAACACAGCGAUGAGAACAUGGCAGAAGCAAUCAUGGAGUUCAUACGAGAAUAUGGCAUAGCGUCAAAGGUUGGGUAUUUCAUGAUGGAUAACGCGAGCAACAUGAAUACAAUGCUUGACAAAAUCUCGGACGACUUGGAGCAUGAGUUUGAUGUUUUCUACGAUCCCCUUCCUCACCGGCUGCGCUGUGUUGGUCACAUCAUCUGCCUAGCCGUGAUGGAGUUCCUCCUUGGAAAGCGACCCCCCACAACGGGCUUUUAUUGCGGGCCAUCUGAGGAGGAAGUUGAAAACUGGAGAAAACGGGGGGCAAUAGGAAAACUACACAAUAUUGUAGUAUACAUCACUUGGACGCCACAGAGGCUUCAAACUUUUACCACCCUCAGCGACGGUCUCAGAUUACGGCGUGGCAACGACACUCGCUGGAAUUCGUGGUAUAAAAUGGUUGAAUGGGCCCUUAGACCCAAAAUACGGCAAGCGGUGACCAUAUUUUGUGCACAAGAGCCGGCUCUUCAAGAUGAUACGCUGGCUCCACCUGACUGGUUAACCUUGGCCGAGAUUCACAAGUUCCUCGAGCCUUUUCACGAUGCCACAGUGGCAAACGAAGGUAUUGGGGACUCGAUCUCGGACGUCCUACCUACCAUGGACUACCUUCUCCAUCACAUUGAGGCGGCCAAGAAGGCCACUGCCCUUCCCCAUUUGGCUACAAUGAUGGAGACCGCCUGGGCCAAAUGGCCGACUGUUAUGAAUUGA